AUGAAACGAGCUGCUGCCAUACUUGGUAUAGGAACAGAUCAUGUUUAUGAAGUUGAUCCAGAUGAAUCUGGUCGAGUAUCGGCUGAAAAGAUGGAAGAAAAAAUUCUUUAUUGUCAAGAAUUAGGAUUUUCAGUAUUUUUUGUUGGUAUUACAGCAGGAACAACAGUUUAUGGUGCAUUUGAUCCUAUUGAAGAUAUUGCAAUUAUUUGUCGUAAAUAUAAAAUUUGGCUUCAUGUUGAUGGAGCAUGGGGUGGUUCAGCAUUGUUAUCACCAAAAACAAAACAUCUUCUUCAAGGUAUUGACAAGGCAGAUUCGUUUACAUGGAAUCCUCAUAAACUAAUGUCAAUUCAUCUUCAAUGUUCAGCUAUUUUAAUAAGACACACGAAUAUUCUUAUGCAAGCCAAUCAAAUGUGUGCUGGUUAUUUAUUUCAACCAGAUAAGCAUUAUGAAACAUCACUUGAUACAGGUGAUAAAACAAUUCAAUGUGGUCGACAUAUUGAUAUAUUAAAAUUAUGGCUUGGAUGGAAAGCUCGUGGUCAUCAAGGUUAUGCUGAACAUAUUGAAACAUUACUUGAAAAAGCAAAUUUUUUCUAUGAAAUAAUAUCUAAACGUGAACCAUGUUUUCGAAUGGUUAUCAAACCACCAUUUAUUAAUGUUUGUUUUUGGUAUGUUCCGCCUAGUUUACAAAAUAUUGAUCAAACAUCACUUGAAUAUAACGAACGAUUGGAUAAAAUAGCACCUCGAAUUAAAGAACGUAUGAUGACAAAUGGUACAAUGAUGGUUGGUUAUCAACGCCUUGAUCAUCAUCCUAAUUUUUUUCGUGCAAUUAUAUCGAAUCCAGCAACAACAAAAGACGAUAUUAUUGCUAUGAUUGAUGAGAUACAUGAACUUGGACAUGAUCUUUGA